AUGCAAAUUUGCAAAAUGGGCAAAAAGAAUAAGAAGAAUAAGAAGAACAUUAAUAAUUCUAGUAAUAAUAAUAAUCAUAAUGGUAGUUGUGAUAUGACGCAGCUCAUGAGAACAAAAGUGGUUGAUAGAUUAGUAGACAUCUUCCCACAAUAUACCCGUAAGCAAAUCGAGCACAGAGUGUCUAGUUUCCCCGUUGAUGGUAAUGAAGAUAAGCUUGAGGGCACGAUAGAUCGACUAAUUGAUUUGAUUGUGAGUGGUAAGUGUAUAACAGAACCUGAGCUUAAAGCAACGGAAAUCAAUACGUCUCCUAAUCUAACACCCGAUGAACAAAUACUUGUUGAAAUGUUUCCCCUGUACAAACCUUGGAUUUUACAGUUAGCAUUGUGUCAACAUAAUGGGAUAUUGAUUGAUUGUGUUGAUGAUUUAACCAACAACGAGGAUAAGUGGCUACAAGUUCAAAAGGAAGCUGAACAAGCAACCCCCACAGCAGAUACAAAUAACCCUUGGAAGUCACCAAAAAUUGGGAGAUUUUGUUAUUUCACUAAUCUGAGUAAGGCCGAAGCCCAAUCAUAUCUUCAUAAAAAUAAUAAUAGUCUUCUGAGAGCUUUGGUGGAUUUUAUUUUGAAUCAUGAGAAUGUUAAACAAACAGUAUCAAUCGAUAUUCCCGCUCUGAUACCUUCCGGCGGGCGUGUACAAAGAGGCAAUCAAGGAACUAUAAUGAAAUCAAGCACUGCAGUUAUGAACUCGAAUUGUACUACAGCGAUACAGAAAUAUGUUUAUGAUAAAGAAUCACCUGAAGCCCAAGAGCUUGACUUGAUAUAUCUAGGAACACCCCAGUUUCGCAAUAAAAUCAGUCACAACUUCGUUAAAAGAUCAUUGGAAUUUUGCGAAGGUGCUACGGAUAAAGUUUUGGAAAUGAUGUUAGAGGUGGCGACUGUUGAUGUUGAAGAAACAACACAGUCAAAACUUAGUCCAAUACUUGGUGAGAUCACCUUUAGUUCUGAAAGCCAAGAUAUAACCAAGCUGGAAUCUAGCAAUGAAUGGCAUUCAUAUUCAUCUAGAGUGUCAACGACCAAUAAUACUCUUAGUGUUGCAGAAGCCAAUGAUAGAGCAUUUUUAUUGCGAAGAAAACUCCAGUCUGUUAACACUAACAACCUUCGAAAAUCUGGGGUUACUGGGUAUUAUACUGAAAGAGUUCUUGAAGCACAAAGUCAAGUACGCGCGGCUAUUAAUGAGGACCAAAAUAUGAAAGUGAAUAGAAUAGUGGACAAGGCCCAGAAUACCAACACUCUUGAUUUACAUGGAUUGGAUAUUACUCAUGCCAUUCACACAACGCAAGCUGCAUUAAGCGAAUGGUGGAACGGAGAAUUAGAAGCAAGAGAUCUUAAGGGAAUUCAUCACGUGAAGGGUAAGGCUAGACACGCGCAACCGUAUAUUGUAAUCACAGGUCGAGGGCUACAUCUGAAAGGAGGCGUUCUGGUUCUCAAAAGAGCCAUUCAAAGAUUUUUGGACUCUAACAGUUACCAGUAUCAAGAGGGCCUGCUGCUGUUUUCAGUAAUUGGUAAAAGUUGA